AUGGACGACGUUCCCGCCCCCGAGAGGGAGCUCGUGCGGCACUGGGCCCCCGAGCUCGUCGCGCUCUCCUACCUCGUCUCGUGGCUCGGCGCGUACACCAGCACGCAAAUCAUGAUCCACGCAAAGUACACCCGGCGCCCCGUUCUCCGCUGGACGUGGACGGCCUUCGCGAGCGUCGCGUUUGGGUUCUGUGCCAUUUGGUCGAUGCACUUUGUCAGCAUGCUCGCGUGCAGGCUCGACGUCAACGUCACCUUCAACAUCCCCUGGACCAUCUUCUCCGCCUUCAUCGCCGUCAUCUUCACCUUUGCCGCGCUCUCGAGCCCAUAUGCGAGCGAGGCGAUCGAGAACUCGGUCCCCAUCGUCUGGAUCUCUCGCAUCAACCAUCGCUUCUGUCUGCGCCUGGCCCGCGUCUUCGCCUUCGGCCGCACUCACGAGCACGAGCACGGCUAUGCACCUUUGGACACCGAUGACCGCACCCAGCCCGUUCUGCCCGUGGUCGCUGACAGCCCGUUCGCGGACGAGAACGACGAGGAGCACACCAGCUCUGGUAGCAGUGAAGACCACGACGAGGACCUGGAGGCUCUGCGAGGAACCGCGAACGACGCGCCCAUCCCUCGACAUCACCCGGGGACUCAGCAACACACGAACGGUUCGUCGGCCCCAGCACCGCAUCCGUUGACGCCUCCACGCCGGCUCUCGACUACGUCACCUCAUCAUGACAAGGGCGUAUCGACAUCUACCACAGCGACGUCCACGCUUCAUCCUGAUUCGCGCCGGGAGUCAAUAGAUUCAUCGCCCGACAGCACCUCGACUUCGAAUUCUGACGGCUCCAUCUCGAUGUCGUUCACGCACGAUGCGACGCUUACGAGCACCACCACGUCGUCUUCGUCUGUAAACUCAUGGAACGAGCCGCUGCGGCACGUGCUGAGUCGGGAGGCACGGCUGAGGAUCAGGGCGAGAGCGAAGGAGCGACCCAUCCCCCACUUCGGCUUCCGGUACUGGUGCAGCAAGUACUGGAACUCGGUUAAUCCUUUCCUGUUCAUUCGGGCCGCGGUCUGGGCAGCCGCGAUCGUGUUCAUGCACUACAGCGGCAUGUGGGCGAUGGAGAUCCCCGAGGGGCGGAUCGAGUGGUCCGGGCCGCUCGUCGCGCUGUCGUACGCGGUCGCGGUCGUCGUGUGUUUCGUGGGCUGCCUCGCGAUGUCCCAUAUGGAGUCGCACUUUGGACAGCAAAUCGUCUUCAGCACCAUCGCCUCCGCGGGGUGUUCGUCGAUGCACUACACCGGCAUGGCGGCUGCGACGUUCUAUACCCGCGCCGCUCCCGUUCCAGACCCGGGCUACCCGGCGUUCCUGCCGGUGGUCAUCCGUAAUGUCGAGCGCGCUGCUCGCGCACGCGGCGCUGACUGCGCGGAACCGGAUGGCGGAGAUGAUCCUGACGAAGCGGCGCUGUGGCGGAUCAUGGCGGAGAAGGAGGCGGCGGAGCAGGCGAUCGAGCUCAAGCAGCAGUUCAUCUCGGUGGCGAGUCACGAGUUCGUUGACACGGUGCAGAUCCGGACGCCGUUGCAUACCGUGAACGGAUACUGCGAGCUGCUGGUGCGGACGGAGUUGACGGAGGAGCAGUCGCUCUACGUCACAAGCAUUCAGCAGGCGUGCCAUGCAAUCAACGUGAUCGCAGGAAAUGUCCUAGUAAACUCGACCGCAACAACUCGGAGCUUCCGCUCGGCCGUGCUCAUGGAGGUGCGCAAGAUGCUCGAAGACGUGGCCAAGAUCACAGAAGCUCGGGGGAUCCAGCCCGGCUCGCCUAAGGGAACGGGCCUCGGUCUCAGCAUCGUCAAGCACCUCGUGCAGCGCAUGGGCGGCACCGUCGACGUCGACUCCACCGAGGGUGAGGGCACAACGUUCACCGUCGAACUGCCCGUGAUGCUGCACUCGCGCUCACCAUCGCCCACGUCCUCCCGCACGCACCCACACAAGGAGCCAGAGCGGCAGCCGAGCGUCCCCGUUGUGCACCGUCGGAGACGCGUGCGCGUGGUGUACCGUGACACGCGCACACAGAAGCAGUACCUCCGCUUGUGGGCGGCCGCAGGUCACACCGCGUGUGCAGGCGCACCGUCGGCGUCCGCAUCGGAGCUCGCGGCGGGCGUCGACGUGAUCUGGACAGACACUGAGACCGCGGUGGGCUCGCCUGGUCUGCGCGCGCUGAUGCGGGUGAAGGAGCAGGAGCAGGCGCACGGCACGGCACGUGUGGCGGUUUUCGUCGUGCACUCGGACGCGCACGAUCUCGCGCCGCUCGACGACGACUUCGAGGACGGCGCGGCGGUCGUGCUGGUAAAGCGGCCGGUGGUGAUGCACACCGUCGCGGAGUGGGUGGAGGCGCCGGAGGGGCGGAUGGGGGCGCAUGUGCGGCAGACGAAGGUCCGCUUCGCGCUCCCGGCCGCGAGUGACACCGACGGCGAUAGCGACGGGGAGACGGAUGAGGAGGGGAAGGACGGGUUGCUGCCCCCUCCUGCCCCGGCGCUGCGGGAGAAGGCUCCCUCGAAGGUGGUCCUCCCGGGGGGCGCGAGCGCAAACGGCCAGGGGGUGCUGAAGGCGACUGGGGAAGUAGAGGUGAUCCCGUUGUCGCCUGUUCAAGCUGCCCCGGUGUCAGCUCGACCAUUGGUGCUGUUGGUUGAGGACAAUCAGAUCAAUCAACGAUUAGGACAGCGACUGCUGGAGAAGCUAGGCUAUGCCGUCGCGACCGCAAACGACGGACAGCAAGCACUCGACGCGGUCCGUCAGACUGAGUUCGUGUGCUGCCUGAUGGACUGCCAGAUGCCUGUACUCGAUGGGUUUGGAGCGACGCGGAAAAUCCGCGAGCUCGAGGCCAGAGGGACGAUGUCCGGUCGAUUACCAAUCAUUGCGCUCACUGCGAACGUGACGCACGAGAGCGAAGACGAGUGCAAGGCGGCAGGCAUGGACCACUUCCUGCCCAAGCCACUCAAAAUGAACGGUGCGCAUCCCCAUUCUGGGUCUCACUGGAACCCGACCGACCCUCCGCCAGAUUUAGAUGAUAACAUCCGACGACUUCGACGGACAGUUUCGUCGCCGUCGCCGUGA